AUGUGCAAGCGCAAUGGCGCAGGGACUAAUGAAACACCGGGAACAAUUUUUGGCUACGAAAAUCUGAAAGGACAUCACGUGAUCAAGUAUGGCUCUCCAUUUAAGAAUAAAAGCUUGAAGACUGGGGUAGAGCCUAAAGUAGAAAAUGGCUUUCUUAAACUAGAUCCGCUUGUUGUUAGCAAAAGCUUCUUGAAUAUUUGCGCGCCGGAUCCAUCCGACAUAUGGAAUUAUGCGCAUCGGAUUUCCAACAUCUCACGCAAACAAGAUUUGAUCGACCUGCCGGAAUCCCUCACUAUAACACUUACAGACUUUGCGCUGGAUACACUGGAUCUGGGGCACUAUGAUCUGCAAGGAGACAGACUCGAUGCUUUGAGAAAUUCUCGCGAUAGCUUUUGGUUAUCGUUAGGCCAAAGUGACGAGGAGCGGGACAAAAAAUUCAACAUCCUUCUUGAGAAGAAGUCAUACUGGAGUAGCCAAAUUGGAAUCUGCAUCUCCGAAGCGCUGCAAGCUUUUUUACGGUUUUGA